CACUCAAUAGUCAAUACAAUACUCUGUAGAUGUAAUAUUGUAGACCUGUAAUUUUUCUCUGUCGUCCGUGAAAUCCACAGGUAACGGUUCCACUUCCUCUCUCUGUUUGUUCACCUCUCGCUAGCCGCUCGUAACGCAUUUUAUUUCCGUCCGUCAUUUAACGUUUGCGUCUCGACACUAAUUUGUCUUAUUAUAUAAUCCACGGGUUUUUUCGAUUUUUCUCUUUUGUAUUCACUCGAAAUAACAUAGAAAGCGACUCCCGUCGGUUCGCUUAUUUCAGUUCACCAAAAAGCUACAAAAACCCAACGCCAUGGAAUUCCAAUUCGAUCUGAGCCAUAUCGCCCACGAUCAGAUCAUCAAAAUCGACAACUCAUUGUUGCCAGUCGGCUACCAAAAAGACGACCCAGAAUUGCAAAGCAUGAUAUCUAAUGUUUUGGAUAAAAUGGGAAUAGCUUCAGGAAUUGCUCAAGAGUUAAAAUCUCCAAUUACUUCAGCUGAAAAACUCAUGCGUUCUGAUCAUAUUUUAUACUUGAUGACAGAACAAACAUCACCAGGACAUUUUGUUGUGGUUGGUUUGUUAAAAAUGGGAUGGAAAAAGUUGUAUUUAUUUAAUAAAAAAGGUUCAAGAACUGAAGCAAUGGUCUACUGUUUACUUGAUUUUUACAUUCAUGAAACCCGACAACGUCAUGGAUAUGGAAUAAAACUCAUGGAUUACAUGCUAAAAGAUAAUCAAAUUGAAGCAAGACAAUUAGCUGUUGAUCAACCUACAAAUAAACUUUUACAAUUCUUAUGGAAAUAUUUCAACUUAUCCAAACUAGUUAAUCAAGGCAACAAUUUCGUAAUUUUUGAAGAAUUUUUUGAAGAUCCAUCUGAACAAGAAUCUGCUAAUGACAAUCGCUCAACUGGAUAUAAAAGUCAACCGACAUUUGGACGUCAUGGUGCAGCUAGACAACAAGAUUGCAUGGCAAAUAUACUAUAUGGAGCUAAACCAGCAGAAAUUCAAAAUGAAAACGGACAUGUAGAUAGAGUUGAACAUCAACAACGAGAAAAUAAACAGCAUCAAGAGGAACGUCAUGUUGAAGUGCAGCAUCACGUUGAAGUACAACAUCAUCAUCAAGUUAUGGAUGAAGGGGAUGGUCAGAAAUCAAACCACGCUCAUCCAAAACUAGAUAUCAAGAAUUUUCACACUCAAUUAUGAUAGAAUCCUUCGUGAAUAUACACAAUACAAUCAUAUAAAUUCAGAAAUAUUGAAACAAUCACAUACAAUUUAUUAUUACAUUUUAGAUACACAUUUUAAUAAAUAUUCAAACAGCCUUCCAGUCUAUUAAAAAUGUACAAUAUAUUUCUUGAUUUUACACAUUAUAAUUAUAUUAUUUUUAAUAUUUUUUAAA